GCGUUUCCGAUUGCCGGGGGCGGGCCUCAGCCACGCAGGCGCAGUUGCGCCAGGGCGCCAAGAUGUCGUUUCCAAAGUAUAAGCCCUCGCGUCUGGCCACUUUACCCCCUACCCUCGACCCCGCCGAAUACGACAUAUCUCCGGAAACCCGGAAGGCGCAAGCCGAGAGGUUGGCCAUAAGAGCCCGGCUUAAACGGGAGUAUCUGCUUCAGUACAACGACCCCAAUCGCCGAGGGCUCAUCGAAGAUCCUGCCUUAAUUCGUUGGACCUACGCAAGAUCAGCAAAUAUCUAUCCAAAUUUCAGACCCACUCCCAAGAACUCACUCUUAGGAGCUCUGUUUGGAAUUGGACCCCUCUUCUUCUGGUAUUAUGUUUUUAAAACUGAUAGAGAUAGGAAGGAAAAACUUAUCCAGGAAGGAAAAUUGGACCGAAAAUUUAAUAUCUCCUAUUAAGUCUGGGAAUGAUGACUAAUAUAUUCUUGCUUAAUAAAUCUUCUAAUAAUCAUUAAA